AUGAUACAGUCACGGCACAGCGAGCGCUGUGGGGGAGGGCACCGAGAAGCCAGCAGAGGAGCCAUCCUCUGGUCUGGGCCGCGCACAGUCUUCAAGAGCAACAGGGUCGAUGGACCCUGGGCUAAGUCAGAGAAGGGAGCCUCUGGCAGUGGUGAUGGCUUCUAUGGCCCCAAGACACAGGACCCCAAAAGGAAGCCUCACAAUGAGGGGACAAAGCCUCCUGCUACUGCCCGCAGAGUUGCCAGAGGCCCAGAAGCCUCUCAGAUCCUGAACACCAUACUGAGCAACUAUGACCACAGACUGCGCCCUGGCAUCAGUGAAAAGCCAACUGUGGUUACUGUCCAGUUCUCAGUGAACAGCCUUGGUCCUCUCUCUAUCCUGAACAUGGAAUACACCAUUGACAUCAUCUUCUGCCAGACCUGGUAUGACGAACGCCUCCGCUACAAUGACACCUUCGAGACCCUUGUUCUGAAUGGCAACGUGCUGAGCCAGUUAUGGAUCCCAGACACCUUUUUUAGGAAUUCUAAGAGGACUCGAGAGCACACGAUCACCAUGCCGAACCAGAUGAUUCGCAUCCACCGAGAUGGCAAGGUGUUGUACACAAUUAGGAUGGCCAUUGAUGCCGAAUGCACACUGCAUAUGCACAGAUUUCCAAUGGACUCUCACUCUUGUCCUCUGUCUUUCUCUAGCUUUUCCUAUCCUGUGAGUGAGUUGAUCUACAAGUGGGAAGAUUUCAAGCUUAAAAUCAAUAAGGACAACUCCUGGAAGCUCUUCCAGUUUGCAUUUAAAGGACUAAGCAACAAGACUGAAACUCUCUCAACCCCAGCUGGUGAUUUCAUGGUCAUGACACUUUUCUUCAACGUCAGCAGGCAGUUUGGCUAUGGUGCCUUUCAAAACUAUGUCCCUUCUUCUGUGACCACAAUGCUCUCCUGGGUUUCCUUUUGGAUCAGGGAGGACUCGGCAGCUGCUAGGACCUCUUUAGGGAUCACCUCUGUGCUUACCAUGACCACACUGAACACGUUUUCCCGUAAGAAUUUCCCACGUGUCUCCUAUGUCACAGCCCUGGACUUCUAUCUCGCCAUCUGCUUUGUCUUCUGCUUCUGCGCACUGAUGGAAUUUGCCGUGCUCAACUUUGUGACCUACAACCAGACGAAAACCCGGACUUCUCCGAUUCUGCGCCGCGCACGUGCCCGCGCGCGCGCGCGCGCAAGGGCUCGUGCCCGGGCUCGUGCGCGUGCCCGGCAGCUUCAGGAAGCUCUUGUCUGCCCCAACGUCAACGUGGAGGGAGGUGAUGGAGAGCGGCAGUCCUCCAACCCAGGUCGCUCCCAGCGCUGCAAGCCUAUCUGCUCCAAGCGGCGCAGGGGUUGCAAGAAGUACUUCUGCGUGAUCCCCGGUUGCAAGGGUGGUAUCUGGCAGGAGGGCCACCUCUGCUUCCACAUCUACCGCAUGGAUGACUACUCACGGGUUGUUUUCCCAUUGGCCUUCUUCUUCUUCAAUGUGCUCUACUGGCUUGUUUGCAUUUACUCCUAG